GCGCCCGCAGCGCUGGGUAGCAGACUGACCCGAAGGACGGCACCUCGGAGACAAGGUUAUGACGGAACUGAGCUGAACAUGGAGCUUUUCUGGGUUUUGUUAUUUUCUAGUGUCUAUCCUCUUGCCUGGGGCCAAGGAGUUUACGCUCCAGCAAAUGCCCAGAUUGUGCACUCAGGCGCAGCAUGCAACGUCAAGGACGAUAACAUCAGUGAGAGAAUCUACACCAUCAAAGAAGGAGACACACUAAUGCUUCAGUGUAUCGUUAAAGGACACCCGCGACCACAGGUACGGUGGACGAAGACGGCAGGCAGUGCAUCAGACAAGUUCCAAGAAACAUCCAUCUACAAUGAGACACUGCGCAUCGAGGGCAUCCAGAGGGUGCAGGGGGGUCGCUACUACUGCAAGGCUGACAACGGGGUGGGGGUCGCUGCCAUCAAGUCCAUCCGUGUAGAUGUGCAAUACCUUGACACACCAGUUUUGACGGUGCACCAGACCAUCAGCGAUGUGCGCGGCAGUUACUACCAGGAGAAGACGGUAUUCCUGCGCUGCACCGUCAACUCCAACCCUCCCGCACGAUUUAUCUGGAAACGUGGGAGCAUGCUCAUCGAACAGAGCAAGGACAACGGAGUGGACAUCUAUGAGCCGCUUUACACUCAGGGUGAGACCAAGGUGCUGAAGCUGAAAAACCUAAGACCCAAGGACUUUGCUGAUUACACCUGCCAGGUGUCCGUCCGCAAUGUGUGUAACAUCGAAGAUAAGUUGGUCACAUUCAGGCUCACAAAUGCUACCACUCCUCCAGUGAUCCGGCUGUCAGUCAACGACACGGUGGUAGUGGAUCCCGGGCAGGAUGUGCUCUUGACCUGUGAGGUGACUGCAGGUUUCCCCCUCCCCAUUGUGACAUGGUCGCGUUACCCUGGCCCCCUUCCCCUCAGCGCCCAAGUCCAAGGGGCAACACUGAUCUUGCGGGCGGUCACGCCAGCCGACGCAGGCUUCUACAACUGCACGGCUGUUAAUAAUGUGGGCAACCCUGCUCGCAAGAACGUCAAUCUCGUUGUCAGGACGAUGAGCAACCUGACCUUCCAAAUUACACCAGACUCCAACAAGGACAGCGAGACCAUCCAAAUGGGUCGGGACCUCAAGCUGUCGUGCCACGUUGAUGCCACCCCACAGGACAAGGUCAACUACACCUGGUACAAGAACGGCGCCGCUGUGUUCAACUCGGAUAGCCUGAUCUUGCUGCGCAGCGACCCCGACAUGACACCCGGCACCAGCAGCUUGGAGAUCGUGGACAUGAAGUUCAGAGACUUGGCUACCUACAGCUGUGUGGCAAACUUCCCAGGCAGCAGGGUCCCUGAGCUCCGUGUGGAUGUCAACAUCUCUCAGAACAGUGUCUCUCCUCCGGUGCUGUCAGUCCCAUCAGGAGGUCAGGUGGUCAGUGUGCGAGAGGGAGGUAACGCUGAGCUGGUGUGCUUGGUAGUGGAUGGAAAACCACGUCCACCUAUUCUAUGGUCACGGACAGAAAAGGACCUGCUAAUGCCAUCAGGGAGGCCUGUGGUGGAGACCCCAGAUGGCCGCUUGAGGCUAAAGAAUGUCACUCGGGACAUGAUGGGGGCGUACCGGUGCCAGACUGCUCCAUACAACGGGCUUAACAUCAAACGCAGAGAGGCACAGGUCCAACUCAAUGUGCAGUAUCCUCCCAUAUUGGAUCCAGUCUUCCAGGAUGUGCGUUCUAGGAACUAUCAGAUGGUCACGCUGAGGUGUACAAUACUGCGGUCCAAUCCGCCCCGUUUGACAGACACCCGCUGGUUCCGUAACGGCGAUUUCAUCCGCAUGCCCAUGCCAGACCUGAAGGAGACGCCGGAGCUGAAGUUCAAGCUGGAACCUACCAACAAUGGCUCUUAUGUAUGCCGAGUCAGUAAUACUGCAGGAACAUCGACAUGCACAUUUAAUGUCUCUGCACAACCCUACAAUGCUGAGUUUUACUUUGACACACCCAACCCAGUGCGGAUUCUGAAAGGGAACAACUAUUCCUACAACCUGCAGUGGACGCAGAAAGAUCCUGAGGCAACAGACCGUAUCAUAGGCUACUGGAUUAAUGUCCGAAAGGUCCAGAACAAGCAGACCCUGCUGUCGAAGCAGAUAGACCUCAAGGGUAAGGAGCCAGAGAGGGGUGUGCUGAUGUCCCACACCAUAUCAGACCUGAGAAUCCCUCUGUCCUAUGAGGUCCGACUGGCCCCCAUCAGCACCUACAGCACUGGGGAGUACGUCAGUCGAAUCAUCCAGUACUCAGAACCCUACACCUACCCAAGGCCUUCAGACCAUGUAUGUGGCUUUGAGGAUGAACGGAUCUGUGGUUUCUCUCAAGACCGAAGUGACAUCUUUGACUGGACAAGACAGAAUCACCUGACACAGAAUCCCAAGCGAUCUGCCAAUACCGGCCCCGAGACUGACCACAGUGGAACCAAGGAGGGUUACUACAUGUACAUCGAAGCAUCACGGCCACGUGUUCAGGGAGAUAAGGCUCGUCUCCUGUCUCCACUUUUUAAUGUGACCUCAGUCAAGGGCCCCAAGGGCUCUGGCAGAGUACCAUACUGUGUCUCCUUCUACUACCACAUGAAGGGCAAACACAUUGGCACUCUCAAUGUGCUUCUGAGAGUGAGAAGCAUUGCGUCUGUGGACUCGGUGGUAUGGACGAAGUCUGGUCAUCAAGGCCCAGACUGGAAAAAAGCAUUCUUUGACAUCAGCCCCAGUGGACCCUUCCAGAUUGUGUUUGAAGGAAUUCGAGGCCCCAGAUUCGAGGGGGAUAUUGCUAUUGACGACGUGUCCAUCACCAUAGGGAAGUGCAAACAGGAGAACACUGUAGCCAGCGCAGUUCUCAUUGGUGGAUCAAAGUCACUCCCAUUGGCCAGCUGGCUGACCUUUGGACUCUCCUGCUUACUCUCGCUACUCUACAGAUGA